AUGACCGCUUCAGAGCCUCGAUCUUUCCCACUCGGGACAUCUCUGCCACCUGGAGACAUACAUGCCGUGAGCGCCUCUAUUCCGACAUGGAAGAACCUAGUAGAUUACAUGGCGGGUGACGAGGUUGUUGUCGGACAACUGCAGUCCUACUACCCGAGGUUCUACCAGCAUGCUUGUGUUCAGAAAUUGAAUGAAGCCGUUCUCAACAGGGUAGGGGCCCCGGAGCAUAUACGAUGCAUGGUAUUUCCUUCCAAAGAUGCGGCAAACCGAUGUCGCCAGUACCUUCAUAAGAGCCAAGGACCCACGAUCACAGUUCAAGAGGUAUCUUUCUCUCUCAACCAGAAAGUAUCGGAAGCGAAUCGCAUUUGGGCAUGCUUUAGUGCUAUUCUCUUUUCCGAGCAGUACAGUCAAUGUGCCAAUGAGUUCUGGGCAGACAUGGGGGAUGGAAUCUCCAGUCGUAAUGCAGAAUUUUGCCUGGAGAGAUUCCCGUUUUUGAGCUCAGUGUCAUCGGUCCCUGACCUACAAAGCCGUGCGACUAGACACGAUUGCGGAAUGAUACCUCCCGAGCCGUGGCAUCAUUCUGAUACCGACACCAAAAAGACUAUUAAAACAGUUAUUUCAAAGCUUGUUACUCCGAGCCAACCUAGGCGAGAAACAGUCAGCCCAGAAGAUGUUUACCUCUUCCCCAAAGGUAUGUGCGCAAUUCACAGCCUGGCAAGUAUACUAGUUCCAGGUCCAACAAAAUCCUCCGGAGCAAUUGUAUUUGGAUGGCCAUAUGGGUCGACACCUAGGUGUGUUAGGGCAAGUGGGUACCAGAGUUUCACAUUCUAUUCCCAAGGUACAUCAGAAGAAUUGGACCAAUUAGAAGCAUCACUAGAAUCUGGCCAUUCAAUCGCUAGUCUUUUCUGCGAGAUUCCAUCCAAUCCUCUAUGCGCAACACCGGACCUUAGUCGCAUUCGGGCCCUCGCAGAUCAAUACCACUUCACUGUGGUGUGUGAUGAGACAAUAGGAACCUUCAUCAAUGUUGAUGUCCUGCCCUAUGUUGAUGUUGUUAUUACUAGUCUCACGAAGACUUUCAGCGGGGCUUGCAAUGUUAUGGGAGGAAGCGCGGUUUUGAACUCAAAGUCUAAAUCGUAUAGAUUCCUGAAGUCGAAGCUUACCUUGUUACAUGAGGAUCUUUUAUUUCCUCUAGACGCAAAGAUUCUUCUCCAAAAUUGUCUCGACUUUCCAGCCCGCGUACGAAAAUCAAAUACAAAUGCCCUAGCAAUCGCCAACUUCCUCAAAUCCUACGACUCAAUCUUACAUAUCAACUAUCCUAGCAUGGUACCCAGCCAUUCCCUAUACGAACAAUACCGACGACCCGAAGGUGGGUAUGGCGGCUUGAUCAGUCUUGUCUUUAAAAGUUUUGACAGCGCGAUACGUUUCUACGAUACUAUUGACCUAUGCAAAGGACCAAGCAUCGGAGCCAACUUUACGCUUGUGCUACCUUAUUCUCAGCUGGCACAUGCUUGCGAAUUGGACUGGGCGGAAUCACAUGGAAUAGCAAAACAUAUCAUGAGGAUUAGUGUGGGCUUGGAGGAUGAGCGUGCACUGAUAUCAAAAUUUGAUCGAGCUCUACAAGAGGUCAAGGCUCUUGAAAAGCUAUAA